AUAUUAACAAGAAGAUGUGUUUUGAAAAUAUUGGAGGCCUCCCAGACCUCAAUUCCCAUUACACUAGCAGAAAAAAUUCACAGGACAAACUGCGUAAGUAUAAAAUUCUUCAACAUAUGAUUUUGAAGGACAUAGGUAACUUCUAUUUACAUAUCUGGUAAAUUCAUAAAUAUUUUAAUUCAUGUAUCUGUAGUGAUUGGUCAUAAUUAUUUAUUUAGGGAAUCUAUUUUAUUUAGUUGAAGCUUUUAAAACAUUGGGAAAAACAUUUUCCUAUAUACAAUUAAUAAACUAUAUCAUCAUGCUAAUAUAUAGCAAAACAAAUGUAUUUUACAACAUAUAUGAGAUUCCUCAAUAUAAAAAGCUAGAGGUGGAAGAGACCAUUUUCGUUGUAUUUAAGUACAGUGACGAUAAAGAUUAUACUUAUACUAUCCAGCUGAAGCUAAGAUUAGUUACUGAAUUAUUUCUAUUCUGAUACACUGGCCUUUCUGACUACUGAGUGCACCAUCAUACCCCUAACCUGGAUGUUGAUGCAGUGUAAUAAAACAUCUAAUUGAUGAAUAGGGUGGAUUGGUUUUGCCUUUUAUUUACAUUGAGUGCAACCAGAAAUUAGAUAAAUCCAUUAAUUUAAAUUAGGCUUUUUUGUUUAGAUUUCUUUAGAUCACAUCUAUGCUCUAUAAUGUUUACAAUCUGGAAUGGAAUAUGUUAGGCUAUAUAAAUUCUUUAAACUAGAAAAAGGCAGGGGAUGUAUAUUAUUGAUUAUUGUUUUGUACCAGCCCAAAACAUAUUCAUUUUGAUAUAUUAUUUAAAUUUUCCUUUGCAGGUGUAAAAUAAAAUCCAAUAUUUUAAAUAUUUUAAAUAUUUUCAAUAUCUGAUUAUAAGUAGUUCACAUUUUACUAUAAUAUUAUAAGAAUCCUAGAAAAGGAAUGAUUCUGGCUUCAUAAAGAAAAUAUUUGUUCUUGUUUAUUACAUUUAAGAAAAUAAAAUCAGAAGACUAAUGUUAAUUGCCCUUUAAUUAAUGGUAAAUAAAUUGCAAGAGUGAGACAUUAACAAUAUUGUAAUUUUCUUGUAAUAUUAAUUUAUUAAUAUAGAAUUGAAAUAUGUCAUUUUUCAAACAUUUGCAACAAAAUCUUAGUCUUCCUUCUGUGUCUUCUCUGGUUGACACAUUAAGUAAUGCUGUAGAUGAUUUUACUGGUGUGGUUGGUGAUGUCAGCUACACAGUAGCUGACUCUGUUACAGAGCAGGUAACAAACAUGUUCAGCAAUUUUCGGACAGAAAGUACAACUACAGUGCAAGAAGAUAAACCUCUAUUAGAUAAAGAUGAAAAAAUAACAUCACUAAAUAACAUUAAAGAAAAUUUUGUGACAGAAGAAUGUGUACCUGAAGAAAAACAAAGACAGAGUACUUCUUCAAAAAAAUGUACAAAUAAUGGUAGGGAGUUUUGUCCUAAUAAAGGCAAAGUAGAUUCUCAGCAAAAUGAUCAUGAACCAAAGAUUUUUUUUAAUGAGACAAAAAUUUGUGACACACAUGUAAAACAUGCUCAAUGUAAAAUUAAUUACUUAGAAAAACAUAUAUCAAAAAAUAGUAGAGAGAAUUACAGUACUUAUAAGCCAGAAGAAUUUCUUAAUCAAGAACCAGAUAGACAGUCACAUACUGUAUCAAACCAAUCUAAUGAAAGUUUGUCUGAAAAAAUAAAACAAAAACCAACAGAACUUGACUUGAAAAACACUCAAGAAGUACACAGUAUUUCAUUCAUGUGUUUGGAAAAAACUGAGGAACAAACACUAGAACUGUCAGACUCAAGAUCUGAAAAACUAAACCGUUUUCAUCAAGUAAAAGGAAAGAAAUACAAGACACUUGUGACAAAGCAAGAAAAAAAGGUAACAUCUGAACUUGCAAAGAAAAGUGAACAGGAAAAGACUAAGUACUCAGAAAGUUUUUUAAAAGAAGUGAGUAGUAAGAAGACACCAGAAAAAGAUAAUUUAUAUAUAAAUAAGGACCAGCAUGGUUCAUCAUCGGAGAGUGAAGAUGAGGCACUGGGUAAAUACCAUGAAGCCUUGUCAAGAACCCAGAGUUCAUGGCCACCAGCAGGCAACAGUAGACAACAGAAAAAUUAUCGCUGGGAAACCAGACAAAAAUAUAGCCCUUUGUCUGCAGAGUAUGAUGGGUAUAGUAGCGAAGCCUCUGUAGAUGAAGCAGACUGUAUUCAAAGAAUGAGACAAACACCUCCUCUUGAUGAAUUGCAGCCUCCACCAUAUAUGGAUGAUAGUGGCUCUCCGCAUCUUUCCUGUACACCUUCUGAAUUUGGUGAGAGCAAAUGUGAAUUCUCUCAGUGCAGCAACAGUCCAAGAUGUUCUUAUAAAUGCCCAAGUGAAGGAAGUAACGGGCAUGAAAUAGAAAGUUUCCAUAACAAAGGAUAUGAAGAAGAUGUGCCUAGUGAUAGUACUGCUGUCCUUAGCCCAGAGAAUCUGUCUGUUCAAGGAUCAUCAUCACAGCUCCCUAAAUCUUUUGAUCCAGAACCAGAAGCUAAAUAUGGUACCUUGGAUGUGACUUUUGACUAUGACUCACAGGAACAGAGGCUUUUGAUAACAGUCACAGCUGUCACAGACAUUCCAAAUUAUAGCAAGACAAGUGGAAGUCUGUGGCAAGUACACCUAGUUCUCCUUCCAAUCAAGAAACAGAGGGCAAAAACCAGCAUCCAGCGUGGUCCCUGUCCUGUUUUUACCGAGACAUUUAAAUUUAAUCAUAUUGAGUCUGAGAUGAUUGGGAAUUAUGCAGUACGCUUUAGACUAUACAGUAUACGUCGUGUAAAAAGAGAAAGAAUUUUAGGAGAAAAGAUAUUUUACUUAACCAAAUUAAAUCUUCAAGGAAAGAUGUCAGUACCGGUGACUCUAGAACCAGCAUACAACAUUUCUGGCUGUGAGUCCCAAAUGAGCAUGUCAGAGGCAUCCUGCAGCGAAAGUAUUUCCUCUUGUCAAUCUUUGGCACAUGGCUCAGCUCCCGAAAUCCUCAUCGGAUUGCUUUAUAAUGCCACAACUGGAAGACUAGCAGCAGAAGUGAUAAAAGGCAGCCACUUCAAAAACUUGGCAGCAAACAGACCACCCAAUACAUUUGUUAAGCUGACAUUGCUGAAUUCCAUGGGUCAAGAGAUGUCCAAAUGCAAGACAUCCAUCCGAAGAGGACAGCCAAAUCCAGUCUACAAGGAGACCUUUAUUUUUCAAGUGGCACUCUUUCAGCUUUCCGAAGUUACACUUAUAUUAUCUGUGUAUAACAAACGCAGCAUGAAGAGAAAGGAAAUGAUAGGCUGGAUUUCUUUAGGUUUGAACAGUUCUGGUGAAGAGGAGCUGAACCACUGGACUGAGAUGAAAGAAUCAAAAGGACAACAAAUAUGUAGGUGGCACUCUUUAUUAGAAUCUUAAUAUAGAAUUGAAGCUCCACUGAAUGUCACCGUACAAUGAGAUUGUUGUUUUCAUACAGCUAAAAGACUCUUACAGAAAUUACAAGUUUUUGUAUUUCAAAUUAACAUUCCUCUUUUAAAAAUGCACAAAAUGCUGUGAAGAAGUAUAAACAUUCACAUUUUCAUUUAAUAUUACUGAUUUUUUUAAAGCGCCAGAUACAGAAGACAGCAACUACAAGUCUUUAUCAUGGAACAUUUAGGAUUCUCUCAACUAUUCUUAUUUUGGUUAACAUGCAACUUUUAUGUAAAUCCUUUAUUGUAUGAAAUUCUCUUAUUGUCCCUCCCUUCCUUUUACUAGUGUUACGCUUCAUGUUGUAGAUGAUCUAUCAAGAAGCAGAAUGGGGGGAGAAGAAUGGUUAAAUGGCAGAGAAGAAAGC